AAGCGAUAACCCCUCGACAAAGGCCUUUAAUCAUCUCUGAAUAUAAGGAACUGCAAGCUAUGCAGCCCUGUUAGUAUACUUUGAGAGUUGUUGAACAUUCCACGAGAAUGAUCGCCUUAGUGUUGUGCGGACUGCUGGCGGCGGUCUCGGCCGCGCCACAGCACUACUACCAUGGCCCGUCACAUUGGUCGUUCUAUCAUUACGACCCCUACAGUUCCUACGUUCAGGGAAGCAUGUUUGGCACACAUAUGGUUUGGUCCAACCUUGGCAACGGAAUGCAAAACUUGGACAACACGAUGAAGACGCUUCCGUUGAAGCUCCCCAGCUCUAAAGACGAAGGUCGCGGGGAAGGCGACAAGUACCGGGUAACUAUACCCCUGCCUGGUUACGAUCAGAAAGACAUCAACGUGAAAGCGAAGGAUGGAGUGCUGAUGGUGCAGGCUACCAGUAAUUUUAAUCAUUACUUGAAAAUACAGAACCUUUCCCGCGAUGUGAAUCCCGAAGGCAACUGGAUUUAUGAGAAAGACGUGUUGAAGAUCACCUUCCCGCUGAAGCAAAAGCAGCCAGAGGAUAGCCAGACGCCAAUUGUAGAGCCCACUAAGACGACCCCUACGAAUGAGAGUCGUGAAGAGAUGGAGUUCACCACCAAGAACAACGUGCGGGACGCUGACGUCAGCUUGGAGACAGCUCAGAAGUUCAAUGAGAUCGCGAACGCUGUAGAAACGACUACUCACGCUGUCAACUUCAGAGACGAUGUGCAGUUCUUGCCGAAUCCAUAUUAAUUUGAUCAAAUAUAAAUGUGAGAAUUAAUGUAAUAAAUAAGUGCACAUAUAAAUAAAUUUAGUUAAUUAA